CUAUAAUUAAAAAUCAGACACAUUAUUCAUCACGUGACUGGCACAAACGGUGCACGCGGAGAUUGGUUAUAUGAGGAAUGACCCUUUCUGGCCUCUCCUUGUCCAAAACGACGCCAUUGAGGACCAAUCUUCCUCAUCGGCCACCGGAAAAUGUCCAACGCGUCUCUGCUUUUCUCAUGCCUAUAAAAAAUUUGACUUUUGGACGAAUCCAUACUGUCAAUCUGAUCCGAUUUCAUCACCUUAGAUUUCCAUCGAGCCGUAAUUUUGCUGCACUCAAAAGUCCGAUGGCCGAGGAAGCGAAUCUCAAAAGCACCGUAGAGUCAACGAUGGAUAACAAGAUCACCGUAGAGUCAACGACGAAUAACAAAACGGAAUCUGAGAAGAAACAGGAAGAAUCAAAGGUUACCAUACCACCGCCGCCGCCGGAGAAGCCGCUGCCGGACGAUUGUUGCGGGAGUGGAUGUGUUAGAUGCGUUUGGGACAUGUAUUAUGAAGAACUCGAGGAAUACAAUAAGCUUUACCCGAGCGAUCCAGAUGUUAAGCCUUCUUAGAUUUGUUUAGAAUCUAGAAUUCAUAUAUUCAUCUGUGUUCAUAUGAAUUAUUGUUUGUUAUAUUAUAUUCAUGAUUAAAUUAUUCAAGACAGAUUUACGAGCAG